AUGUUGUGUCCGAGCCCUCAUGUUGUGUCCGAGCCUCAUGUUGUGUCCGAGCCCUCAUAUUGUGUCCGAGCCCUCAUGUUGUGUGUCCGAGCCCUCAUGUUGUGUCCGAGCCCUCAUGUUGUGUCCGAGCCCUCAUAUUGUGUCCGAGCCCUCAUGUUGUGUCCGAGCCCUCAUGUUGUGUCCGAGCCCUCAUAUUGUGUCCGAGCCCUCAUGUUGUGCCCUCAUGUUGUGUCCGAGCCCUCAUGUUGUGUCCGAGCCCUCAUAUUUGUGUCCCGAGCCCUCAUAUUGUGUCCGAGCCCUCAUGUUGUGUCCGAGCCCUCAUAUUGUGUCCGAGCCCUCAUGUUGUGUCCGAGCCCUCAUAUUGUGUCAUGUUGUGUCCGAGCCCUCAUGUUGUGUCCGAGCCCUCAUAUUGUGUCCGAGCCCUCAUGUUGUGUCCGAGCCCUCAUGUUGUGUCCGAGCCCUCAUAUUGUGUCCGAGCCCUCAUAUUGUGUCCGAGCCCUCAUAUUGUGUCCGAGCCCUCAUGUUGUGUCCGAGCCCUCAUAUUGUGUCCGAGCCCUCAUGUUGUGUCCGAGCCCUCAUGUUGUGUCCGAGCCCUCAUGUUGUGUCCGAGCCCUCAUAUUGUGUCCGAGCCCUCAUAUUGUGUCCGAGCCCUCAUGUUGUGUCCGAGCCCUCAUAUUGUGUCCGAGCCCUCAUGUUGUGUCCGAGCCCUCAUGUUGUGUCCGAGCCCUCAUAUUGUGUCCGAGCCCUCAUAUUGUGUCCGAGCCCUCAUAUUGUGUCCGAGCCCUCAUGUUGUGUCCGAGCCCUCAUGUUGUGUCCGAGCCCUCAUAUUGUGUCCGAGCCCUCAUAUUGUGUCCGAGCCCUCAUGUUGUGUCUGAGCCCCUCAUAUUGUGUCCGAGCCCUCAUGUUGUGUCCGAGCCCUCAUGUUGUGUCCGAGCCCUCAUAUUGUGUCCGAGCCCUCAUGUUGUGUCCGAGCCCUCAUAUUGUGUCCGAGCCCUCAUGUUGUGUCCGAGCCCUCAUGUUGUGUCCGAGCCCUCAUGUUGUGUCCGAGCCCUCAUGAGCCCUCAUGUUGUGUCCGAGCCCUCAUAUUGUGUCCGAGCCCUCAUGUUGUGUCCGAGCCCUCAUGUUGUGUCCGAGCCCUCAUAUUGUGUCCGAGCCCUCAUGUUGUGUCCGAGCCCUCAUAUUGUGUCCGAGCCCUCAUAUUGUGUCCGAGCCCUCAUGUUGUGUCCGAGCCCUCAUAUUGUGUCCGACCCCCUCAUGUUGUGUCCGAGCCCUCAUGUUGUGUCCGAGUCCGAGCCUCAUAUUGUGUCCGAGCCCUCAUGUUGUGUCCGAGCCCUCAUGUUGUGUCCGAGCCCUCAUGUUGUGUCCGAGCCCUCAUAUUGUGUCCGCCCUCAUGUUGUGUCCGAGCCCUCAUAUUGUGUCCGAGCCCUCAUGUUGUGUGUUGUGUCCGAGCCCUCAUGUUGUGUCCGAGCCCUCAUGUUGUGUCCGAGCCCUCAUGUUGUGUCCGAGCCCUCAUAUUGUGUCCGAGCCCUCAUGUUGUGUCCGAGCCCUCAUGUUGUGUCCGAGCCCUCAUGUUGUGUCCGAGCCCUCAUGUUGUGUCCGAGCCCUCAUGUUGUGUCCGAGCCCUCAUAUUGUGUCCGAGCCCUCAUGUUGUGUCCGAGCCCUCAUGUUGUGUCCGAGCCCUCAUGUUGUGUCCGAGCCCUCAUGUUGUGUCCGAGCCCUCAUGUUGCGUCCGAGCCCUCAUGUUGUGUCCGAGCCCUCAUGAGCCCUCAUAUUGUGUCCGAGCCCUCAUGUUGUGUCCGAGCCCUCAUAUUGUGUCCUGAGCCCUCAUAUUGUGUCCGAGCCCUCAUGUUGUGUCCGAGCCCUCAUAUUGUGUCCGAGCCCUCAUGUUGUGUCCGAGCCCUCAUGUUGUGUCCGAGCCCUCAUGUUGUGUCCGAGCCCUCAUAUUGUGUCCGAGCCCUCAUGUUGUGUCCGAGCCCUCAUAUUGUGUCCGAGCCCUCAUGUUGUGUCCGAGCCCUCAUGUUGUGUCCGAGCCCUCAUGUUGUGUCCGAGCCCUCAUAUUGUGUCCGAGCCCUCAUGUUGUGUCCGAGCCCUCAUGUUGUGUCCGAGCCUCAUGUUGUGUCCGAGCCCUCAUCAUCCGCAAAUCUUCUAAGAUUUUCCAACAUUCCUUAUCCACCGCCCUGUCCACCGCCCUGUCCACCGCCCUGUCCACCGCCCUGUCCACCAACCUGUCACCCAGCGCCCUGUCCACCGCCUGUCCACCGCCCUGUCCACCAACCUGCCAGCGCCCUGUCCACCGCCCUGUCCACCGCCCUGUCCACCGCUCUGUCCACCGCCCUGUCCACCGCCCUGUCCACCGCCCUGUCCACCGACCUGUCCACCGCCCUGUCCACCGCCCUGUCCACCGCCCUGUCCACCGCCCUGUCCACCAACCUGUCCAGCGCCCUGUCCACCGCCCUGUCCACCGCCCUGUCCACCGCCCUGUCCACCGCCCUGUCCACCGCCCUGUCCACCGCCCUGUCCACCGCCCUGUCCACCGCCCUGUCCACCGCCCUGUCCACCGCCCUGUCCACCAACCUGUCCACCGCCCUGUCCAGCGACCUGUCCACCGCCCUGUCCAGCGACCUGUCCACCGCCCUGUCCACCGCCCUGUCCACCGCCCUGUCCACCAACCUGUCCACCGCCCUGUCCACCAACCUGUCCACCGCCCUGUCCACCGCCCUGUCCACCGUCCUGUCCACCAACCUGUCCACCAACCUGUCCAGCGACACUGGCCGUCCUCUGUCCCGUAGGCCAGGUGUACGGACAACCCCAGGACUAGGCCCAACAUCACCGGACCUCAACAUCACCGGACCUCAACAUCACCGGACCUCAACAUCACCGGACCUCAACAUCACUGGACCCCCGACAUCACCGGACCCCCCAACAUCACCGGACCCCCAACAUCACCGGACCCCCAACAUCACCGGACCCCCAACAUCACCGGACCCCCAACAUCACCGGACCCCCAACAUCACCGGACCCCCAACAUCACCGGACCCACAACAUCACCGGACCCACAACAUCACCGGACCCCCAACAUCACCGGACCCCCAACAUCACCGGACCCACAACAUCACCGGACCCCCAACAUCACCGGACCCCCAACAUCACCGGACCCACAACAUUACCGGACCCACAACAUCACCGGACCCCCAACAUCACCGGACCCCCAACAUCACCGGACCCCCAACAUCACCGGACCCACAACAUCACCGGACCCCCAACAUCACCGGACCCCCAACAUCACCGGACCCCCAACAUCACCGGACCCCCCAACAUCACCGGACCCCCAACAUCACCGGACCCACAACAUCACCGGACCCCCAACAUCACCGGACUCUGUACUGUCGUACCAUGAGUGUUCACUACACACUCUCGUACACCCACACACCAGGUGCUGCCGCCCUACGGCGCCGCCCUGGGGGCGCGUCCCGUCGACCCGCGGCCGCGCCAGGAGCCCUCCGGAGGGUCACAAGAGGGCGUGGGGGCCACGCCCGCCCACGACACACGCACGCCACGCUCCGCCAGGCACCUGUUUCACCUGUUGCUGUGUUCCCCUAA